AUGCCAUACACAGAUCCUCUCUUGAAAAGAUUUAACAACCAUGUCGAUGAGCCACAAGCUGACCAGAACAAGAGAAAAGCAUUAGCUAGAACAAACUCCUCAAUAUUGGUGCCAGCAAGCAUUACUCCGGAGAUGCUUUCUCUUUUGCUUCAACGACAUCAAGAGACUCCUCUGCCUGAAUGCGCUACGAUGUUCCCAUGGUUACACCAUUAUUCCACGAUGGCUCCACCUUAUAGUGUUAAAACAUCAAAUUUUGUCACUGUAAUAAGAUCUCAAACUGUAGCUAAAGGUUGGAUUGGGAAUACUGGGUUAUUGAAGAACUCUGUGGAUCCUCAGGACGUUUUUAUCUCAUGGGAAGAACAGACCCAAUUUAAAUAUCUGGAUAUUAAGAAUGAUAAGCAGAAAUGGGAAAUUGCCAUUCUUAUUAAGGAUAUGUUACUGAAGGAUUUGGGUCAAGAUGCAGAAAAUAUAAACCAAGAAACAUAUAGUUUAGAGGCAAUGGUGGCUCUUUGUAUCACAUAUGGGAUUUUGCCUUUCUUGAAAACUGAUCCAUAUGCUAGAAGAAAGUAUUGUGAAAAGAGGCAAGUUGGUUCAUCACUGAGAAGUAACGGUAAUAAUAUAACUGAUGGAUGGAAACAUGCCGGUGCAUUUAGACGAUUUGAUUUACAAGUAGCCAAAAUGGUAGAGCUUUCCUCCAAUAUUAUAGUAUACUGUUUUAACUCCUAUAAUGAGCAACAUUCGUUUCAACAUAAUCAUGAUUGUAAAAUUUGUAACUUACUGGCAAUUUUAGUUCAAGUUGCACAACGGUCUUUACAAAAAAAUUAUCUCAAAGGUGAAAAUAAUGCUACAGAGAGUCAAUUCAUUUUCCCUUCCAUUUCAAUUAUGGACUAUACAAGCUUAAACGAAUUUCCUAAGGAUGUACUUAUUACUCCACCAAUGUUGGAAAAAUAUACUGAAAGAAAAUCUGCACUAAAGUUAACCUCACCCUACGACAUUGUUUCAUUUAACAAUUGGGAUAAAGAUGCAUUAUAUCAUGAAAGAUUAGAAGUUGCAAAAACAAGCUCUUCCACAUGUGUGGAUGCAGAAUCUUCACUUUGGUGCGGUAAUUUAACAGACUAUGAAAUAUACCGAGUUUUCCAAAAAGAUGGAAUCGACACUUCAGUAUUACAGAAUUAUAACAAUAACCCAUUAUUGAACAAUACAACAGUUACACUUCCUGAAUUAGAUUAUCACGAAGGAAAAUCUAGUUCAAAUGACUUCAUAUUAUUUAAUAUCCCAGAACUAGAGGUCCCAAUAUGUUUAUUCAUGAAAUGUACCGAAAAUGCCAUGUUACCUAGUCUUGAAAAGCUAUGGAAUGUUCUAACAACUGCCCUCCAAGCAAGAAAUGAAGCAUCAUUGGAAGCGGGACAGAUUCAUUAUCUUACCUUCCCAAGCUCAGGUUCAAUAGGCUUGGGAACUUUGAACAUUAAUUUGAUCGAAUUAAUUCUAAAUACAUGCUAUUUGAUUUAUCAAAUUUCUCAGAUGACAAAAUUCGGUACGUUCCUUUAUUGUCCAGAUGGUUACACGGACACCUCAUUUCUUUUAGUUGCUUAUCUAAUUUUUGUUUGGGAUCUUUCACUAGAGGAUGUCCUCUAUAAAUUACAUUUGGAAAGAAAAAGACCAUUUUUCUUAUUUAAUGUAGAUUUGCAAGUUCUAGGCCAUUUACAAACCUUACUACGUGAAUAUAGCCCAAAGAGGUCUCAAAAUCAUGAGAACUACUCUAGUAAUGCCAUAGAGCCACUACGAGUGAGCCCAGAAAUGUUUAGUAGUAUUUUCUUGAUAAAAUUACCUAAAUCAUCAGAUUUUUCAAAAUUGAAUGGGCCAUUGCCAUCCAAAAUCCUAGAACAUUUAUACCUAGGAUCACUGGAUCAUGCUCAAUCACCAGAACUAUUGAAACGUUUGGGAAUUACUCAUAUUGUUUCUGUGGGGGAAGAAUUAUCUUGGGUAAUCAAAUCCAGAAGUCGUGGAAUAUCUUCACCGGCUCCACUAAAAUCAGUGGCGAAUAACAAUAGAGUAGGUUCGUCGACUCUCCGAAGAGCGACAAUGGUUGCAAAUACUUCACCUCCAGUGCCCACUGAACCAACAGGAAGUUCUUAUGAAGUUUUUACCCACGAUGGGUUCAAAGUUUGCAGGAUAAACAAUUUACAGGACAAUGGAUGUGACCCACUAUUAAAUCAAUUGAAUAUGCUACUUGCGUUUAUUGAUGAAUGCUAUAAUUCUGGUGGAAAAGUGUUAGUGCAUUGUAUGGUAGGAGUUUCCAGAUCUGCUACGGUGUGUAUUGCAGAAUGCAUGAAGAGGUUACAAUGUGAUGUUCUAAAGGCAUACCUCUAUGUCAGAGUAAGAAGAUUAAACGUAAUCAUUCAGCCUAACUUGAUGUUCAUGUAUGAGUUGCUGAAGUGGCAAGAAAUUCAAGGCAUAUCCAAGAGAAUAGAUUGGCAUAUUCUAUGUAGGUCAAUUGCAGAACUUAACGCAAAGUAUACGACUUAA